UCUCUCUCUCUCUCUCUCUCUUCCUCAUCCCUCUCCCUCCCUCUCUCUGCAUGAAAAUAGAAAUUAACAGAACAACAAAAACAAGAAGAUGACAAGCAGCAAAGGAACCACAGCAGCAGCAGCCCAACCAACCCAUGAGUGCUGCAUGUGUGGGGAUUUUGGCUUCUCCUAUGAGCUCUUCCAAUGCAAGGUUUGCCAAUUCAGAUCACAGCACAGGUACUGUAGCAAUCUUUACCCAAAUGCAGAGUCUUACAGAAUUUGCAAUUGGUGCCUUACCCAGAAGGAGGACACAAAAGAAAAGUCCCAAAAUUCCUCAAACUCUUCAUCUUCAUGCAGAAAAGAGGGCCAAGAUCACGACCCAGCCAAGAUCAACAAGAAAACGAACUCAUCAAAAAACAGUGAUCAUCAGAACAAGCAGGGGCAUGGAGGUAAUUCAUAUGGGGGUCUAAGGGGCACCAUGCAGCUGCAGCCAAGUGGCCCUAUAAAGAAACAGAGACCACUUGAUCUUCAUCAUAACCAUCAGGGUUUUGGAUCACCAUCUCCAUCUCCAUCUCCAAAAUCUCCAUCCACCAGAAAGAGGAUCCUCACAAAUGGGCAGAAGGAGGCCGAGAAGAUUAGGAGGACAAGGUCAGAGGAGAUAUCAAACUUAAACAAUGGGAUCAUUACAAGGCAGGUCUUUAGGAACAAGGUGAGAAGGUACAAGCUUUUGGAUGAGGUUUCAAGUCAAUGACUGGUUGACUGCCACUAGCUCUUCCCAUUUUCUUUUUUUCUUUUUUUCUUUUUUCUUCUCUUUCUCUCUCUCACUCUUUUUUUCCUCUUUCUUUUAACAUACAAAUAUAAUUACAGAUAGAAUUUGGUUCAGUGUACAGAGCCUAUAUGUGUUGUGUAUGAGGCUAGUGGCAAGUUUAAUUUAGUGUAUGGGAAUUUGCAAUAACUACAGAACUGAGACCGCUUAUAUGUAAUGUCAUUUUCAACUCGGCCAGACUUCGAUGACAAAUGUAUUAAUUUUAGUAGAAAAACUUUUGGUUAUUUAUCACCAGUUGUAUA